AUGAUGAAGCAACUAUCCACAUCAUUUCUAUCCAUGCUAUCCACAAAAACCAGAAAAUCAAGCAUUUUAGGCUUAAUCCUGAUAUCACUCAUGAUUUGUUACACUUUACCAUCUUCGACAUCGACUACCACAACCCUAAUUCAUCACAAAAACUCAAUUCAGCACAAGAGCGUCUCAACAGCAGCAGAACCGCCCAUUAUACCGUCCUUUGAAGAAGAGAGAUACCUAGCUUACUUACCUCAUUCAGGCCUAUCAAAUCAACGCAUUGAACUGGCAAAUGCCCUACUACUAUCCCACAUGUUGAACCGUACGCUCAUCAUCCCUCCUGCAUUUUUAGGCUCGGUAUUUGGUUGGAUGAACAGAGCUCAAUUAGAAGAAAGACUUGAAUGGCUAACAACGCCAAAGAACUUCCCAAAGAUUUGCCAGCGUCCAACACCAGGAAAACUUCGUAGUUAUGUGCAGAGAUCAAGAUGUGCCGAAUACCGCCAUUUUGGUGCAUUGGCGUGGACAGAUUUACACGACUUUAGUCCGUUGCAAGAGGCGGGUAUCAAAAUCAGGUUUCAAUCCGUGAUCUCCAUGAAACAAAUCAAAGAGGAUCUGCAGCUCAACGAUACUGAUAUCUACCUGCAUCAAGACGCUCAAUUGUACGACUGGCGCUUAUAUCAAAAUCACUCUGAAGCUGUGCAGCUGCUGCGAAAUAAGCUCAACUAUUUCGAUUCAUUCAGUGGACGUCGUUACUACAAAGUGCUAUUGCCUCGUCAUUUUCAAUGUAGAACAGAAAAGCUCCUGUAUUUGGGUGGCAUCUUUGGCUCAACACGUUUCAAUCUAAUUGAUUCCCAAGAUAAACAAAUGCAGGAAAAGAUCAAACAGGUGUUACAUUAUCGUUUGGACACACCCCUGGGUGAAACUGUGAAAGCCAUUGUCAACCAUCUGGGUGGCAAAGGCUCUUUCACGUCGGUGCAUUUUAGAACUGGUGAUAAUCCGUUCAAGAGAGAAGUGUCUGCCAACUUGAAAGCCUUUGUAAAAAAUAUGACAGAAAUUGUGAGUCAUGAGACCUAUGUGCAACACCAUGAAGAGAACGAAAUUGUGGAUUUAGCGCACCACUGUCUGAAUAUUGCAUCACCACCAUCUUUUAAUGGCGAUAAUAGCAACAGCCAAGGUGAUAAUGAAUAUCAGUUCUCCGCACAUAAUUUGGGUAAGCGAGUCAAGGUAUACAUUGCCACAGACCACAGAGAUCCUCGCGGCUUGACUAGCAGUUUGAUGCCAUGGUUUGACGAAUUCCCCUGUACAACAGUGUUGGAUGAUUUGCCAGAACACCUGUUCGCCCCUUUGGAUGGAUUGAGAGAUGUGGUGGUCCCGUCAAAGUCGCUCAAGAGCUUUCUGAUACCUAUUGUGGAUGCAAUGGUGGCUGCUCAUGGAAGGCAGAUAUUAACGACUCCCAGAUCAACGUUUUCAAAGUACAUUGAGGAAUUGCACCGUGCUUGGGUACAAUGA